AUGUCUAGUCGGAAGAUAGUGGCUGGGAGUGCCAUUGGUGGGAUAAAGGAGACCCAAGAAAUGCUUGAUUUUGCUGCAAAACACAACAUUACAGCCGAUGUGGAGGUUAUUUCUAUGGACUACGUGAACACUGCAAUGGAGCGGCUUCAGAAAGGACAUGUCCGCUACCGAUUUGUACUCGAUGUUGCAAACACAUUGAAGGCCUCUUAA